AUGUCUGAUAUGCUCCCAUUGGCUACAUACAGCCUGAAUGUUGAACCAUACACCCCAACCCCGGCUCUAAACUUUGAAAUGCCGGUUACCGUUAGAAUUACAAUGGCCGCCAUCGACCCUGAACCUUUUGACGACGACAAGAAACCAUCUACUUUAAGAAUUAUCAAGAGAAAUCCUGAGCUUUCUGAGCAUGAACAUGGUGAGGGAUGCAACCACGAUCACGGCCAUGACGAUGAAGAAGAUGAAAGUGACAGCGAAGAAGAAGUACCAAAGAAAGCCGUCAAAGCAAAGAAAGGUAAGAAGGCUGAGCAAAGCGAGUCCGAAGAAGAAUCCGAAGAAGAUUCUGAAGACGAAAGUGAAAUGGACAACGAGUUCGAAGAGUGCGUUCUUCUAACUUUAUCUCCAAAAGGUCAAUAUCAACAAGCUUUGGAUAUUACCAUUGCUCCAGAGGAAGAUGUUCAAUUUGUCGUUACCGGUUCGUACACUAUCUCUUUGACUGGUAACUACGUUAAACAUCCAUUCGAUACACCUUUAGAAGACAACUCUUCUGAUUCCGAUGACGACGAAGAGGACUACUACAGUGAAGAAGAAUCCUCAAAUGGAGAGGAAGAAAAAGACGACGAAGAGUUGAGUUCUGGUGACGAUGAACUUGAUGAUUUGGUAGAUGCUAGUGACAUCGAAAGCCGUCUCGAGGAGUUAGUUGAAAAGGACGAAAAAAAGAAAAACAAUAAAAAGGAUAUCAAGAGAAAACACGAAGAAGAAGAAGAAGAAUCUGCUAAACCUGUUGAAAAGAAGCAAACAACAAAGAAAGCCAAAAAGGCCGAAUCCAAGAAAGAAUCUGAAGAAGGCAAGCAAAAGCCAAAGACAAACCUUUUAGAAGGCGGUAUUAUCAUCGAAGACCGUGUCACAGGUAAGGGUCCACAUGCCAAGAAAAGUACCAGAGUUGGAAUGAGAUAUGUUGGUAAGUUGAAAAACGGUAAGGUUUUUGACAAGAACACAAAGGGCAAACCAUUUGUUUUCAAAUUGGGUCAUGGCGAAGUCAUCAAAGGAUGGGAUAUCGGUGUCGCUGGUAUGGCUGUCGGUGGUGAGCGUAGAAUUGUCAUUCCAGCCGCAUAUGCCUAUGGUACACAAGCUUUGCCAGGCAUCCCAGCUAACUCUGAAUUAACAUUUGACGUUAAGUUGGUGUCCAUGAAAUAG